GCAUAAUAGAGUUCGGACAAGCCUAUGUAGAUGCUUCCUAGUGGCGAGACUCCGCUCUUGGCCUGGACGUUGCGGGGAACCCCAGCAGGAGCUGCGUCAACCUUCUCACAGCUUCCCGCGGCUGUUUGUUUCGACGUUCGCACCUCCAAAUUUUGUUGAUGAUAGCAGAAAUUAGGUCGUCGUCAACCUCUGGCUGUUUAUCCUAUCGCAAUUCUCUAUAAUAUUCUCUAUGUUAUUGCACUGUGAAUAUUGCGGUUGAUUCUUGAGCACGAUGGCGGAUACGGUGGUAGUCGUUGAGCAGUCCCCGAACAGCACGCAGUCUCCUCCAUACACCAACACUGAGUCGGAGAAUGGGAAGAGCCCCUUUGCUUGUAAUGUCUGCCAUCGAAGUUAUCGCAGAGUUGAUCAUUUAGCAAGGCAUUAUCGUUCUCACACACGCGAAAAGCCUUUCGUGUGCAAUACAUGUGGCAAAGGGUUCUCGAGAACCGAUCUUUUAAAGCGUCAUUCAAUCGGACACAACGAUCGAAAGGAUCCGAGAAGAUACCCCGCUUCAGCACCUCAACUAGCUAGAGUUGCACAGGCGUGCACAGCUUGUGCGAAUUCGAAACUCAAAUGUGGAAAUCAGAAGCCGUGUCAUCGAUGCCGGCAGAGAGGAAUUGCUUGUACAUUUGCUCCCCAGAAUGAGAAGCAAAGAAAGACUCAACAAAAAGGAACUCUUCCGAUCAAGAGAUCAGAUACCCAGUCACUUAAUCUUAAUGAAUCAGAGGAUCAAGAAGUCUUGUCAUUAGAGAACAACGUUGGGAAUCUUCGUUUCCAGGAUCAGCAAGAGAUGUCGAUCCAGCAUACGGGUGAUGACGCUUCACCAAAUGGAUCCAUGCCAGCUCAAUCGAUGCUCAGCCUCACUGAUGGCUCUAACACUGUCCCUUCCAGUAACGAUAGCAUUAUGGACUUUGACGACUCUUCUCUAGCAGAGUUUCUUCGCGAUGUAAUGAUGCCAGGAUCUCCAAACUCAUUGGCUGAGACGAACGCUGCUGGCUUUCUUCCCCAGAACUAUUAUUGUGGCAGGGAUGUCUUCAAUUUCGGCAUGGAUUCGAGCCUAGACUUCAACGAUAUGGACUUUAGCUGGAUUGAUUCCCAACAAUACAGACAGCCAAUCUGGACGUCGGUCCCUGCUCACAUCGAUGAUGUGAGGAUCGCUGGUCAAGAGACACCAGACUUUAGCAGCGGGACAACAGCCGGCGUAGAAGCAUUUCAAAAAUCAGUGUGGAGAUGGAAACCAGGUCGACAAGAUCAUGCCUCUUCGGAGCAAGUUCAUCUUUCAGUCCCAUACAAGGAUAUGCAACAUCUCGAAGUUCGGCUACCACUGGAUCUUUUAAGUCAUCGCAUUGAACAAACAUCUCGAGACAAAAUCUUAGCGAUGGUGUUAAGCACUUGCGAGCGACCGAAUGUAUCUCAAGUCGUCACCUCGUUUCCUUCAGCGGAUUUCCUGGAUUCUCUGAUGCAUUCUUUCUUCCGGAAUGAGCUCGCGAGAGAAGAUUCUUGGAUUCAUAUUCCAACAUUCAGGCCGCAGACAAAUAGAGCAGAGUGGAAUGCAAUUGUAGUAGCAGCUGGCGCUAUCUUGUCUAGCAUACCAACAGUAAGAAAGCUAGGCUUCGCUAUCCAAGAAGCUGUUCGAAUGGUUGUUCCUACUAUUUGCGAAAAAGACAAUAGCAAAACCAGGGAGCUACAGCUAUGUCAAACCUUUGCCCUACAGCUCAGCAUCGGGAUAUGGAGUGGCAACAAACGAAAAAUGGAGAUCGCGGAAUGCCACUUGCAGCCUUUGAUCACAAUGCUUCGAAGAGCAGGUCAUUACAGGCGUCGACCACCAAUUCCUGCCCCUUCACCAAUUGACGAUGAGCACACGCUUGAAAUAAAGUGGCGAGCUUGGAUCGAGGCUGAAAGCUUCAAGCGCCUUGCAUUCCAUACGCUGCUCCAUGAUGCACAAGCCUCGAUCUCGCUUCUCACUCGUCCCAUGAUCUCUUACGCCGAGAUGUCACUGGAAUUACCUUACUCUCUAUCCCUAUGGCGCGCAAGAUCCGCUCUGGAAUGGCGAGACGCCUACCUUGUCCUCACUCCCACAAUAUCAACUCGACUCCCAUCCCUCAUGCAAAGCAUCCACGACCUACCUUCCCUCGUCUCACUCUCCCCUUGUCUCGACAUGCGCUUCUCCACCUCCGCAAUCCUGCACGCAAUGUGGAGCCUCGUCUCAGAGUACCGCCAAGUACAAUUCGUCCUCAAAACCUCACCCACAUCCACCCCCGACCCGUCCCCUCCCUCCUCAAACGGCGCCCUAAUCUCUCAAUCCUGGCAACAAGAACUUACUCACCUCCUCGAAUCCAUCAGUCUCACCUUCUCCUCAACCCUAACCGCUGAAUCCUCCAUCAUCCAAGAACUCUUCCUAAUGAACCUCCACGUCUCCUUCGAGGAACUCCAACUCUUCGCCGGCAAAGAAGGAACCGAAGAAGCCGUCCGCGUCUACCCUUCCCUGAAAAACUGGUGGAAAGGACGACGAGCCCGCCAGGCUAUCUGGCACGCGGGGCAGAUCCUCCGCUCAGCUCGAAGAGCGGAAGGAGAACUAAGAGAUUUCUACGCAGUGGCUAUUUAUCAUGCCGCGCUCUGUUUCUGGGUAUGGGGGAUGUGUGAAUUGGGUGAUUCGCGGCCUUCGACGAUUCAUGAGUCGGAGGAGAUUGUGUGGUUGGAUGGGGAGGAGAACAAUCUUACGAGGAGGUUUAUUGCUAUGGCCGGGUGCGUGCCGAUGAUUAGAGGGUUAGUGGGGAAUGGGAACGGGUGUAGACUAGAUAAUCCGAAGGCGGUGAUGGAGUUGGUUAUUGGUGUCAUGGGACGGGCAUGUGUUUUGGGAAAUUCGUUGCCGCCAUUGGUGGAGAACUUAAGUCAAUUGAUGAGGGAUUUAGGAGGUGCGGCGGGGGUGGUUAGGAGUCAGUCGAGGAAGGGCAAUGUAUAUUCUUAG